AUGAGUAGCGACAAUGAAAAAUAAGCUGCAAAUAGGUCAGCCAAUCAAGGAAAUAAAAAACAGCCUCCUAAAAAAUAAGAAACUCCAAAGAAAGAAAAAAAGUAGCUUGAUGAGAGCAAUAAUGAAGAAGCUCAAUUUUCCUUAUUGUAAAAGAAAAAUACAUUUGCUUUCUCAAUUUCUGUACCAGAAUUAGAAGAAGCUAAAGCUGAUGAAGUAGAAAUUGAAAGAUAAAUAUUUAGAUAGGUAUAAGAAGAAAUUAUGAAAGAAAAAUUUGAAAGAAAAUAAAAAAACGAAGAAGAAAAGAUGAAGGAUGUGGCUGAGAAAAAAAGAGUCUAAUAGGAGGUAAACAAAAAGCUAGAUGAAGAAGAACUUUUUGCUGUAAAUACUAACAAAAUGUAAUAAUAUAAACCUAAGGAUGAGGAUGACUAUACAACUAAUGCAGAUGUUUAAUAAAAAAAAGAAGGUGAAGGCUAAGAAGGUGUUGAAAAGAAGCUUUCUAAAGCAUAGAAAAAGAAGAUUAAGGAAAAAUAAAAGAAAGAAAUUGUUGGUACAUGUUAAGAUACUAAUAAGAAAAAAAAGACUACAGCUCUAAGCAAAGCUGCACAAGCUGCUCUUGAAAAUUAAGCUAAAAUUCAAAAAGAAAAGAAAGAAAAGGAAAGACUCGAAGCUGCAUAAAAAUUAAUUGAAGAAGAAUAAAGAAGAAGAAUAGUAGAAGAAAAGUAAGAGAAAUUUAAAUUGAAAUAGUUAAAGAAAGAAUUGAAAAAUAAAGGUUUGAUCAAGACCAAGGAACAAUUAGAAAAGGAAGAGGUUGAUAGAAUCAAAAAUUAAGCAUUCCUGAAAUCUUUGGGAGUAAGUGUUUCAAAAGUAGAAGUAUUAAAGUAAGUAGUUUAAGCUGAAAUAAAUUUAUCAGUACCAAAAAAGAAGAAGGUUGAAAAAGACCCUUUCGGAUUUGUAAUCAAAAAAGAAGAAAAGGUUAAUGAAAAUGUCUAAUAAUUUGAAGGUGAUGUUUUGGAAACUAUGAAGAACCUUGUAGUACCAGAACUUUAAAAAUAUGACUCUAAACUUAAAUAAGAUUCUAAUUUAGUAGAAAAUGAAUUAACACAAUCUAACAACACUUACUUAACUUAAAACUCCAAAUAUAUUUUUAGAAAUUAAUUUUCCAAGUAGGAGGAUACCGAAUUAGAAAAGGCUGAAAAAGAAACUAAGAAGGCUGCUAGAGAUGAAAAAAUUUUACAAGGAUAAAAUAAAUCAAUUAAGGUAGAAGAUAAGGAAAAUAAAAAAUAGAGGGAAAUUCUCAGGUCUCCUAUUGUUUGUAUCUUAGGUCAUGUCGAUACUGGUAAAACUACUCUCCUUGAUAAGCUCCGUGGUACUAAUGUUUAAGGUGGUGAAGCUGGAGGUAUUACUUAAUAAAUAGGUGCUACUUAUUUCCCUAGUCAAAAUAUUGCAGUUGAAAUUGAAAAAUGCAAUUAACAUUACCCUGCUGAACUCAAAGCUCCUGGUUUACUUGUUAUUGAUACUCCUGGUCACGAAAGUUUUUCAAAUCUCAGAACUAGAGGCUCAUCACUUUGUGAUUUCGCUAUUUUGGUUAUUGAUCUUAUGCAUGGUCUUGAACAAUAAACUUUGGAAUCUUUGAAUCUCUUGAAAAUGAGAAAGACUCCAUUUGUGAUUGCCUUGAACAAAAUCGAUAGAACAUACGACUGGAAAACAGAAGAAUUUGCUUCUUCUUACAUUAGCUUUAAAAACCAAUCUAAAGAAAACAAAAAUGAUUUCAAUCAUCGUUACAAUUAGAUUAUCACUCAAUUAGCUGAAAACUCCUUCAAUGCAGCUUUGUAUUGGGAUAACCCUGACCCUAAAACUUAUUUUCCUAUUGUACCCACAUCUGGUGUUACUGGUGAAGGUAUCCCUGAUCUCUUAUCAGUUGUCAUCAAGUACACAAGUAUGUAUAUGAAAUCAAGAAUGGUUGUCAAGUAAGAUGCCUUCAACUGUACAGUUAUGGAAGUUAAAAAGAUAGAUGGUUUGGGAGUAACAAUCGAUGCUAUUCUCGUUGAUGGCACUAUCAGAUAGGAUGAUAAAAUAGUUCUUUUAGGCUUUAAUGGGCCAAUAAAAACUAAGAUUAGAGCACUACUAACUCCAUAUCCUAUGAAAGAAAUAAGAGUAAAAGCUGAAUAUGAGCAUCACAAUUUUAUUCAUGCUUCUAUGGGUAUUAAAAUAUCUGCUCCAGAUCUUGAAGAAGCUGUCGCUGGUUCUCAAUUAUAUUUGGCUAAUACUAACGAUGAGGAACAAACUGCUAUUGAUUUAGUUAUGAGUGACUAUAAUUAAGUUAAAAAGAAAGUGAAACUUGUUAAUAUAGGCGUUGGUGUUGCAGCCUCUACUUUGGGAUCUUUAGAAGCAUUGUUAGACUUCUUGGAAAAGAAAAAAAUUCCUGUUUCUUAUGUAUCUGUUGGUCCUGUAUCAAAGGAUAGCAUUACAAAGGCUCUUAAGUCUGUCUUAGCCGAUGACCCAAAAAAAAGAAAAUAGGAGUAUGCCUGUAUGCUUGUCUUUGAUGUUAAGAUUCUUCCUGAUGCCUAGAAGUAUGCUGAAGAAAAUGGUGUUAAAAUACUAACUGCUAAUAUUAUUUAUCACUUGUAAGACUAGUAUGUUAAAUAUGUUUAGGAAUGUGAAGAAGAGAGAAAAAAAGAAGAAGGUAAAUUCGCUGUUUUCCCAUGUCUUAUCAAACCAUUACAGUUCUUUAACAAAUCAGAACCUAUUAUUAUGGGUGUUGACAUAGAAAGAGGUACAUUGAAACCAGGUACAUAAGUUUGUCUUUUCAAUCACACAAAGUUGAAGAUUGGUGUUGUCGAAUCAAUUGAAAUUAAUAAAAAAUCUAUUCCUUUUGCCAAAAAGGAAACAGGUAGUGUAGCUAUCAGAAUCGGUUGUACUAGUAACAUAUUAGCUGGCAGACAUUUUACCUAAAAAGACUAUUUAGUAUCUAUAAUAAACAGAAGAUCAAUCGAUGCUUUAGAGGAGCACUACAAAGAUGAAGUUACUAAAGAUGAAUGGCUCUUUAUUAAGGAAAAGCUAAAACCUUUCUUCAAGAUUCUUUGA